UACAACCCCGCCCCUGUACGUGCAGUAAUCCACACACAGGCGUUAUUUCAUUUUGUCCAUCAACAUGACAUACUGUGCAUUAAACCAAUGUGGAUCUCCAGCAUUCGAGUGAGGCUUCCGCCCCCUCUGCUAUCUCAUUUUUUUUUUGGAUUGAUUGAAACAGAUGCCAAAGUUGCCAUAGCUUGCUUUACCGAACUUGGUACGACACCGGUUUAGGCAUGCCUCUGGCUCGCAGCCUGUCCAUCACCUCCCUGUCGGGGUUGGAGGAGUGGGAUGAGGAGUUUGACCUGGAGGACGCUGUCCUCUUCGAGAUCGCAUGGGAGGUGGCCAACAAAGUCGGUGGGAUUUACACAGUGAUCCAGACCAAAGCCCGUCUGACAGCAGAGGAAUGGGGAGAAAACUAUUUCCUGGUUGGUCCGUACGUGGAGAGUAACGUCCGCACCCAGGUGGAGCUGAUCGAGCCCACCAACCCUGCCCUUAAGAGAGCCAUAGACAAGAUGAAUUCCAGUGGAUGUAAGGUGUACUUUGGUCGUUGGCUGAUUGAGGGCAGUCCAUACGUGGUGCUGAUAGAUGUGGCGUUCACGGCCUGGAACCUGGAUAAGUGGAAAAAAGAGUUGUGGGACAACUUCUCCAUCGGGGUGCCCUGGUUCGACCGCGAGGCCAACGACGCCGUCCUCUUUGGCUUCUUGACCGCCUGGUUACUAGGAGAGUAUGCAGCGCAGUGUGAGGAGCCUCCCCAUAUCCUGGCCCAUUUCCAUGAGUGGCUGGCAGGCCUGGGCCUGGCUCUAUGCCGACAGAGACAGUUGCCCGUGGCAACAAUCUUCACCACCCACGCCACCCUGCUGGGACGCUACCUAUGUGCCGGCAGCGUGGACUUCUACAACAACCUUGCCGAUUUCAACGUGGAUAAGGAGGCGGGGGAUAGACAGAUCUACCAUCGGUAUUGUCUGGAGCGGACAGCGGCGCGCUGCGCUCAUGUCUUCACCACCGUCUCUCAGAUCACAGCCGUUGAGGCAGAGCACCUGCUGAAGAGGAAACCAGACAUAAUCACCCCUAACGGGCUGAAUGUGAAGAAGUUCUCUGCCAUGCAUGAGUUCCAGAACCUGCACGCCCAGAGCAAGAACCGUAUCCAGGAGUUCAUCAGAGGUCACUUCUAUGGGCACCUGGACUUCAACCUGGACAAGUGUCUGUUCCUGUUCAUCGCUGGGAGGUAUGAGUUCAGCAACAAAGGGGCGGAUAUCUUCUUGGAGGCUUUGGCCAGACUCAACUAUCUACUGAGAGUCAACCACAGCGAUGUGACUGUCGUUGCGUUCUUCAUCAUGCCUGCGCGGACCAACAACUUCAACGUGGAGACGCUGAAAGGCCAAGCAGUCAGGAAGCAGCUCUGGGAUACAGCUCAAACUGUGAAAGAACGCUUCGGAAAGAAACUUUAUGAAUCACUGCUGGUUGGGCAGUUGCCGGACGUGUCCAAGAUGCUGGACAAGGAUGACUUCACCAUGAUGAAGCGUGCCAUCUUUGCCACCCAGAGGCAGUGCCAGCCUCCCAUCUGUACCCACAACAUGCUGGAGGACAGCAACGACCCCAUCCUCACUUGCAUUCGCCGCAUCGGCCUGUUCAACAGCUCUGCCGACCGUGUCAAGGUGAUCUUCCACCCAGAGUUCCUCUCCUCCACCUCUCCCCUCCUUCCCAUGGAUUAUGAAGAGUUUGUAAGAGGCUGCCAUCUUGGAGUGUUCCCCUCUUACUAUGAACCAUGGGGAUAUACACCAGCUGAGUGUACAGUCAUGGGGAUCCCCUCAAUCUCUACCAACCUCUCUGGGUUUGGCUGCUUCAUGGAGGAACACAUAGCUGAUCCCUCAGCAUACGGAAUCUACAUCCUUGAUCGCCGGUACAGAGGGGUUGAUGAGUCAUGUAACCAGCUCACAUCGUACCUGUUCCAGUUCUGCCAGCAGAGCCGGCGCGCCAGGAUCAUCCAGCGGAACCGCACCGAGCGCCUGAGUGACCUUCUGGACUGGAGAUAUCUGGGCAGGUAUUACAUAUCAGCUCGUCACAUGGCCCUGGCUAAAGCCUUCCCGGAUACCUACUUCUACCAACCUCAUGACUCUGAGACUGCCCAAGGUUUCCGUUACCCUAGACCGGCCUCUGUGCCCCCAUCUCCGUCUCUGUCACGCCACUCCUCCCCCCGCCAAAGCGAGGCAGAAGAAGAUGAUGACCGCUAUGAUGAAGAUGCAGAGGCAGAGAAAGACCGCUUGAACAUCCGCCAGCCCUUGACCCUGCCUAGUAAAAAGGGUCCCGCCUUGCCUUACACCCUGCCAGGUGCCAACGGAGAGAAAAACGGCGCCGCCAGCGUGAAAAACUGACUGUCUCACACACACAACAUACACAAACGUACACAUGCUGAUACUCACUACACACAACAUACAUGUUACAAACACGCCACUCUUAUCUUGACCGUCUCCACUUCCAUAAUAUAGAUCAACAACUGCUGAAGAGAUGAGCUCUUACAGUAUGUUAUUCAUCCAGCAGCCAGAACGUCUUCCAAACCUGCAUGCAGCUCUGCCUCUGUGGGCAUCCUGUAUGGAGGAGGAGAGGGAAAGGAUGGCUAGCCGGGUGACGGUUCCUUGAGUUAAAGAGCCCAGCUUUGAGAUAACGAAGUGGGGUAACUUGGAGUAUAUAGGAGGGUUACCUCUGGUCAUUCAUCUAGGUUACCUCUGGUCAUUCAUCUAGGUUACCUCUGGUCAUUCAUCUAGGUUACCUCUGGUCAUUCAUCUAGGUUACCUCUGGUCAUUCAUCUAGGUUACCUCUGGUCAUUCAUCUAGGUUACCUCUGGUCAUUCAUCUAGGUUACCUCUGGUCAUUCAUCUAGGUUACCUCUGGUCAUUCAUCUAGGUUACCUCUGGUCAUUCAUCUAGGUUACCUCUGGUCAUUCAUCUAGGUUACCUCUGGUCAUUCAUCUAGGUUACCUCUGGUCCACAGGAGGCUGCUGAGGGAGGAUCAGCUGGAAUAAUGGCUGAAACCAUGAUACUAUUCCAGGUAUUCUGCUCCAGCCAUUACCACGAGCCCGUCCUCCCCAAUUAAGGUGCCACCAAUCUCCUGUGCUCUGGUCCUUAAUCUAGGAAAUUAUGAAAUCCUUGCCAGUGUAGACUAACAUGAGUUGUAACUGAGGCUAAGACAACCAUAUGAUAACCAGUGGUAACAUCAGGAUAAAGAAACUAGGGCUAAUUAGUCUUGCUAACAAGGGCAAAGGCAUUGGCCCACUAUGUCAUAGUCACACAACCUACCCAACCCAACAGCAACAAUUUUCCUGUUCAGACACUGAAGCAGUAACAGCAACCUGUUUAAACAGCAGCAGCACUUUUCCUGUCACACUGUAGCUGUAACAGCAACCCAACCAGCAGCAGUACUUCCCUGGGCUAGGAAACCAAUAAGCGACACAUUUAGAGCUGGGCCCAUAGAGUUAGACUAGAUAGAUGUACUGUAUAUAGCCCGUUUUCUGCAUGGACAUUGCCGUUGAGGGCUUCUACCACAGAUACUAAGAUGAGUCCUCUUUGUAACUCUAUGGCUGAGCCUCAGAACGUCCUGCUGAAGAGCCUCCUGCUGAAACAGGCUCCCAUUCGUUCAGAGAUUCAGACCUUUCUGUGGGCGUUGUCGUCGUCUCUGGGCCUUGUACUGUAUUAGAACCGGCACUACUGUGUAAAAACUGUUGAUUGGUCACCUUUUAACCUUUCAGUCAGUGAGCGUGUGUGUGUGUGAUGGAACACUGAUUCUGCCUGCACUCUUUGAGGUUUAGGUAAAAGGUGGGGCUUCCAUCCUGAGAAGCUAGUGGUGUUUUUAGACGACAGACUGUAUUAGAGAGGAGGAAGGGAGAAGGUCACAGGUUUGGGAGGAUCCUAUUCCCGGCUGUGCACAGCCAGAAACCAAGAUGAGUUGAUCCAGAGCCCACACUGCUGUGUCAGUUUGUUUGUGUUACAAUCACACACCAGAGGAGGAGAAAAUAAAGUAUAUUCUAUGUAUUAAUGAAGAAA